AUGGAUUCAGGGGCUCUUUUAAUAAGACGUGGGCCUGAAGGAGGUCUAUACUUAUGGGCCAAAAAGGCGAUGGUUUGGCAAUUCUUUGGACUAUUAAGGAGUUUUGGACUUUUGGCAAGUGGUGGGCUGGCGGUGUAUGAUAAAGAUAAGUUUAGUAACGACGACAGCAUGGGGAUGACAGAGAUAGACAUAAAACCUUAUAUAGAAUGCCUUAGAAUGGGUAUAAACCUCAACAACCUCUCAGAUGGUACUAAAUUAGACCGUGUCCAUCCUAGAAAGCACAACUACCUAGCGGAUGAGAGUUGCAUCAUUUGGGAGAAUGGCAAGAUUGUACAGGACAUGAUCCUUCGCUUGAAAAAUGUUGAAUGUGGCGAAGUUGCCAUCCAAAUAGAGUUGGUUCCUCUUCCAGGUCGUAGAAUACAUGUAUAAC